AUGUGCGGCCAGCGGACGCAGGCCGAGAUCCCGGUGCCAGACUUCACUUUCCAUUCGUACGGCAAGCUGAGCGGCCGCGAGCCUGACACCAGCUGGGAUGCCAUCUCGCGCCGCUUGAGAGAGGGUGCCGAAGGCAGGCAGGCGUGGAGGCUACGACAGCGCCGCCUCACCUUUCGCGGCACCGUCUCGGGCUCGCGGAUGAGGGGCGCGCUCGUGCCGAACCUGAUGGCAUGUGCGCGAAACGAGACGGCCGUGCCACUAGACGUGCAGGACACGUCUGGCAGGUUCAACGCGCGUGCCAUCAGGUAUCGUCUCAACCUGACGGAGCAAUGCCGCUCGCGCUACCUGCUGCAUCUCGAGGGCAACGCUUACUCGGCGUCGCUCAAGUACAAGCUCGCUUGCGGUUCGCUUGUGCUGCUGAUCGACACCUCCUUCGAGGAGUUCUACUAUCCAGCGCUGCAGGCCCACAAGACGCACGUGCCGAUCCGGCUCUCCAAGAUAUGGAGCAAGAAUGAAGAUCUUAUCGCGCGCGACUUUCGAGCAACGUUGCUGCCAGAUCUGCGGGCAAAGCUCGCCUACUACGAGAGCGCCGAAGGCGAGGUAGCGGCGGCGCGCAUCGCCGCCGCCGGGCAGCGCUUUGCCGCCGAGCAGCUGGGCCUAGGCGCGAUAAGCUGCUACUGGUACGCCGUGCUCCGGCACUCCCUUCUCCUGCAGCACGCGCAGCGCCCGGGCGGGCAGCACGCCACGCCCGAGUCCAGGGCUGAGCACGAGGCGGACGUGGAGGCUUUUAUGGGCUCGGUGCGCUACAACAUCAAGCUCGAGUACACGGAGGCCGGCGGCUUCCGCGUGACGCCGCUCUGCCACCGGAACGAAGGCGGCUCUUCUGAGAGCGGGGUCACGUGCUACAAGUACAGGAGGAACGACUGGAGGCGGCGCUAG